AUGGAGGCCGAGGGAAGAGUACACGGUGCGCAAGAACUGCUUACGUCACCGGCAGAAGGAGGCACGGAAGGAUCGCAGCCGCAGAAAGCUAGGAAGAGAAGAUCGUGGACGGCGGAGGAAGACGCUGUGCUGGCGGCGCACGUCCAGGCUCACGGCGUGGGGAAAUGGGAUGCGGUGCCGCAGAGCACCGGACUGGCACGCACCGGCCAGAGCUGCCGGUUUCGGUGGCUUAACAGACUCCGCCCCGGCCUCAAGGACGACGGCGUCGCCUUCUCACGCGACGAGGAGGCCCACCUUUGCCGCCUCCAUGCGGCCCUCGGCAACAAGUGGUCUCAAAUUGCAGCCCAGUUGCCAGGGAGAACAGAUAAUGAGAUCAAGAACUACUGGAACUCAUGCAUCAAGAAGAAGCUGAUGCAGAGUGGAAUCAAUUCCAGAAAACACGCAGUUGAAGCGCAUCAGGUUGCAGAAACCAUGUGCAGUGACUCCUUGGCCCCAAGUUCGUCGAAUCUAUUGCAGGAGAAUUCUGAGCCAAAUCCAUCAACACUGUCCAUGGAGCCACCUGUUGUUUCAUCAAUCUCGAACAUGAUUCUCCCUACCAGCUUCCAUGACUUGGGGGCAAGCAAUUCCUGCGGAAGUGAGUUUGAGUUGUAG